GGCAACGCCGCGCCUACUAAUUGCAAAUAAGGUGUUAAUCAAUACAUGUUGAUACGGAUAAAACUACAAAUUUUCGGCCAAAACACAAAUCGGUUCAUCUAAAUUCGCACUGACAGAGGUGAAGCAGCACGGCCGCCAAACAGUCCAGAGUACAUCCACAGCAGCGACAUGGGUGUCCCCAAGUUCUUUCGCUACAUCAGCGAGCGAUAUCCUUGCCUCAGCGAGUUGGCGCGGGAGCAUAGCAUACCCGAGUUCGACAACCUGUACCUGGACAUGAACGGCAUCGUGCACAACUGCUCGCAUCCGGACGACAACAACAUUCACUUUCACCUGGAGGAGCACCAGAUAUUCCAGGACAUCUUCAACUACGUGGACAAGCUGUUCUACCUGAUCAAGCCGCAGCGUCUCUUCUUCCUGGCCGUCGACGGAGUGGCGCCCCGCGCCAAGAUGAACCAACAGCGCAGCCGGCGAUUCCGGUCGGCGCGCGAGGCGGAGCAGCUGGAGGCGAAGGCGGCGCAGCGUGGCGAGCGGCGGGAGCACGAGCGCUUCGACAGCAACUGCAUCACACCGGGCACCGAGUUCAUGGUGCGGCUGCAGGAGGGACUGCGCGCCUUCCUCAAGACGAAGAUAUCCACGGAUCCGCUGUGGCAGCGGUGCAGCGUGAUCCUGAGUGGCCAGGAGACGCCCGGCGAGGGCGAGCACAAGAUCAUGGACUACAUUCGGUACAUGAAGGCGCAGCCGGACUUUGAUCCCAACACGCGACACUGCCUGUACGGCCUGGACGCCGAUCUGAUCAUCCUGGGCCUCUGCACCCACGAGCUGCACUUCGUGGUGCUGCGCGAGGAGGUCAAGUUCGGGCGCAACGUGAAGCGCACCUCGGUGGAGGAGACGCGCUUCUUUCUGCUGCACCUGGGCCUGCUGCGCGAGUACCUGGAGCUGGAGUUCGACGCCCUGAGCACCGCCGAGCGCAAGUUGGAUGUUGCGCAGCUCAUCGACGACUGGGUGCUGAUGGGCUUCAUGGUCGGCAACGACUUCAUUCCCCACCUGCCGUGCCUGCACAUCUCCUCCAACGCACUGCCACUGCUCUACCGCACCUACAUCCGCAUUUACCCGACUCUCGGCGGCAACAUCAACGAGAACGGCAAGCUCAACCUUCACCGCCUGCAGAUCUUCAUGUCGGCCCUCACCGAGGUGGAGCUGGAGCAGUUCAAGGAGCACGCCGACGACCUCAAGUACAUGAACGCCAAGACGGAGGCGUUCGACAUCGACGUCGCGGAGAUCACCGAUUCGCAGGACCUCGACUCCGAUCUAGGAGCCCUCAUCAACGAAAGCAUGAAGCUCUACGAGGACGACAGCGAGGAGGACUGGAGCGACGAGGAAGCGGUCCUGAUGAACGAGUUCAAGAACUACAAGCGAAACUUCUACCGCAACAAGUUCAAGCGGGAUCCGCAGGGCGAACUGAUAGAGGAACUGGGCCACCACUACGUCAACGCGCUGCAGUGGGUGCUCGACUACUACUACCGCGGCGUGCAGUCCUGGGACUGGUAUUACCCCUUUCACUACGCGCCGUUCAUCAGCGACCUCAGGAACAUUGAGCAGGUGCAGAUCGACUUCCAGAUGGGAACGCCCUUCCUUCCAUUCCAGCAGCUCCUGGCGGUGCUACCGGCGGCCAGUUCCAAGCUGCUUCCCGUCGCCUACCACGACCUCAUGCUGCUGCCGAGCAGCCCGCUGGCCGAGUUCUAUCCACUGGAGUUCGAAAGCGACCUUAAUGGCAAGAAGCACGACUGGGAGGCGGUGGUGCUGAUUCCCUUCAUCGACGAGCGGCGGCUGCUGGCCGCCAUGCUGCCAUGCGAGGCGCAGCUGUCGCUGGCGGAGCGGGAACGCAACCGACACGGUCCCAUGUACCUGUACAACUACAGUGCGGAGGCGCAGGGUCCCAUGCCAGCGCAUCCGCCGCUGAGGGCCCUUCCUGAGCUCUACUGCACGGAGGUGGCCAAGUGGUCACGCGAAAUCGCGCUCAAUCUGCCGCACAGCGUGUGUGUUGAGCUGCCAAAUGCGGCGAGGCACGUCUUCUUCCCGGGAUUCCCCACCAUGCAGCAUCUGCCCUUCGACUUCGAGCUGCGCCACGACCGCGUCAAGGUGUUUGAACAGGUCAGUCGCAACCAGAACAUGGUGCUGAAGCCGCGCAAGCGUCAGCUGGAUGACACCCUGGAGGCGGUAGCCGGCCAGUACCUGGAGCAGGUGGUGCACAUCGGCUGGCCGCAUCUCGUCAAGGCGAAGGUGGUGCGCGUGGCCACGCGGGAUCAGCGCGUCGACGAGGAGGGAAUCGCGCAGAACGACUCGCGGCGUUUCGACUCGGAGUGCAAGUCGCUGCAGGAACACUUUACCACCCGCAUGGGAAUACAGUUUGCCAACUAUGACGUGCUCGUCUAUGUGCGCACCUUCGCCGGCAGCUCGACGGAGUUCGGCGCCAAGGGGGCACUGAAGGUGCGCGACUCGUGGAGCAGCUCCGUCACCGGCUACCCUGCCCAGGGCGUGGUGGCCGAACUGGCGGUGCGGGAGAACAUGCGCAAGCAGUUCCGCAACGUGGAGGACUUCUUUCCCGCCGGCAGCCCGGUCUUCUUGAUCACCGAGCCUUAUUACGGCAGCGAGGGCACUGUGCAGGACCCACUGCUGGCCUACACCAACGGUCGCAUUCAGGUCAACAUCAGGGUCCGACCGGAGCCGGAGGUAAGGGCGGCACGUCUGCUGCAGGAGGAGCGCGACCGGGACUACCUGAGCACCUACCAGGUCUGCCACUUGCUGAGGAUCAGUGGGCGAGCCCUGGGACGCCUAACUGGCACCGUGUGGGUGGUGCUCGGUCCGCGGCGGCAGAAGAUGGAGAACGUGACCAAGCACAACAUUGGCCUGCAGCUCAAGUAUCCACGGCAGAACGAGGAGCGCGCGGGAUACUGCUGCCGCACGAACAACCAGUGGUUCUACUCCAGCCUGGCCCUCGAUCUGAUGCGCGACUAUUGCGAGCGUUACCCAGACGUGAUCACCUUCUUCGGCGACUCCAACGACCGCGCCGAGUACGUCUUCGAACAGGACGUGUUCCCCAAUGAGGUGGGCGAGCAUCGCGUCGAGGAACUAGCCAACUGGGUGCGCCAACAGCCGCACAUGAAAGUGGAGCGCAUCGCCUGCGGCUCCAAGACGGUCUGCCGCGAAACCGUCGAGCUCCUGAUGGCCGCCGUUGAAGAGCUGCGCUCACUGCCCGUCAAGGACGUUAAGCUGCAGGUGAAGCCGCAUCUGCUCAUCAAGCCCAAUGUCACACUGCCAGAAGCCUACCGACCACGCCGACCAGUGCGUCUGUUUGACCGCGUCGUCAUCGUACGCACCAUUUACAUGGUACCUGUGGGCAUAAAGGGCACCGUGAUUGGCAUCCACCCCGUUACGGAUCCCAACCCGGUCCGCUUGGAGUGCGUCCAUGCCGUCGACACCUUUUGCGAAGUGCUGUUCGACAAGCCAGUUCCGAACUGCAAUGACAUCCACGGCAUCGCCCAAGAUCGAGUCUACAAGGUCCCCGAGAACGCCCUGGUGAUCAUCAGCACGGACGAGCCAGCAGAGAAGCAGAACGACAGCGCACAGUCGGCGAGGGAUCCAAAGUCGAAUAGGACACGGGACGAGCCAGUCCGCGCGAGCAGCAGUCGCUAUGUAACCGCAGCAGGGUCGACCUGGGUUCCGAUCACGAUGAAGACACAAAUUUGCGACGAGUUCGUGAAAACGCGUGGCGACUCAAAGGCCAGGACGGAUUCGUACAAGCCAGAGCCGCAGCCACAACCAGUGCCGCCGGCCCAGUCUGCCAACUGGCGGAAACGCGUCAGUGCCCCAACAACCAAGCCGCAGCCUACGUCAGAUAAUUGGCGCCAGAAUCGGUCACGUCAACAAGGCGGCAGUUCCUUUGUUGUUCCGCCCACAGAAGCUACUUCUUCUUCCACUACAUCUGCUGCAGUCCCGUCCGCAACGGUGACGCCACAGGCUCAGACUUUGGCGCUCAUGUCGUUGUUAGGCUUAAAGAAGGACCAGGAUUCGCAGCCACCACAGGAGCCGGCGCAGCAGCAACGUCCACCACUACUGCCACUGCAACAAGCUCCACUGCCGGGACUAAUGCCCAAUCUGCCCAAGCCACCGCUCUUCUGGCAGCAGGAGGCGCAGAAGCAACAGCAGGCGCAGGCGUACGCACAGGUGGAGACUGAGCGCAUCAAGAGCCAGCAGUGGUUCAGAAGCGCCCCGACUGGAGCGGAGUUGGAUCAGCCACCGUUGGGUGGUCCGGCAAUGAGGCAGUCGCAGCAGCGGAUGCACCCGCAGAUGCAGCACGCCAACGCAUUCCACUCCGGCUUCAACAAUGGAAAUCAGCCGCGUCCCAACAGGAACAUCGCUGCGCAGAGCGCCUUUAACAACAACGUACGCAUGCACCACCAGCACCAGCAGCAGCACCACCAGCACCAGCAGCAGCACCCAUACUCAUCGAUACAAGAUUUUGUGCCCAUACAGGCGUACCGUCCCAAGAAAUCAAAUCGCGUCCAACCAGCCGGUCACCAGGACAUCAAUGUCCAAUCGACGAACGAAACCACAGACGCAAAGCCCAGUUCUAGUCUUCCGGAACAAUCAGCUGGCGAACAGGCGAUUGGACUGAUGCAAACGCUGAAGAUUCAGCAGCCGCCGACGUCGCAGUCCGAAUCUGAUGCGGUCUCAUCAGGCAGUGCGAAUGCGCCCACAGCAUCGUCAACAUCCCAGGCGACGAAGCUAAGGAAACAGCGAGUGCCUCGCAUUGGCGCCAAAUUCGAUUUGGAAUACAUAAUGCAUUGAGACGAUAUUACACAGCAUGGGGCCCACUCGAUGAACUAAUCUAUUAUGAAUCCCAAAACCCGACGUCCAACGCCCAACGUCCCACGCCCAAACUUAGAAAGUUGACAAACGCGCAUUCUUACCACCCACCUAACUGUAGGAAUGCGAAGUUACUUGAACCUUAUAUUACCUUAUUCUACAUCCUAGUCUGUGCGAGGCACUCGAAUUGCCGCAUACGAUAGACUGCUUUUCUUAGAGUUGUGGAUUAUGUGAAUACCGAAAUGAGACUGACUCAUCUUUUUAUUUUCUUGUAAUAAAUUCAACUUUUCCCCACA